GUAUUAGAUAGUGGUAGAAGAGAAAAAACCGUUUGAGAGCUAAGAGCUGCAAAGAGCAGGAACUCUUCACUGACAUCCACAAUGACUGUCUUUGCUGGAAAUAACAGUCACCAUUUGAUGAAACAUGCUGCAAGCAUCAUACUUGCCUUCAUCUCUCAGAUGAUUUCAGAUGUCUUCUUCAUUCUGUCGCAGGAAGGAAAUGUGCCAAACGCUCUGUUUCAGAACUCUGCCAGAAAUGUGUCUAACACCUUCUACCUGGAGGUUACUAUGGACUGGUGGUCAGAUAAUUGCUGGAUUGUGAUUGACCUGUGGUCCAAAGCGUGGCUUGUUUAUGCAGCCGUCAGUCUCUACAGGAGAAAUGCUCUUGGCCCAGAAUCCUGCAAUCCAGAAAUCCACCCUCCAAUUUUCCAUCUGAUAUGGACCGUAACCAAUGUCUUAAGAAUGUCCAGCAUGUACAUGUGGGACAAACAUUACAUCGUGGGAGCUGUGCUGCUCAGAUGGUUUCUGCCAGUCUACAGCUUCUACAUGCUUUACAUGUCCUACUCCAGUCUCAGCAAGCACAAAGCCUGGCUGGCCAUCAACAACCCUAAUGUGAUCUCGUGGACACGCUAUCUGACCCAGAACGGUUUGGCAGUGUUUGCCUGGUGGUCUCUAUUCAAUGCAUCUGUGGGUCUUGGCGUUGCACUCAAGUACAAUAGUGGAGUACCAGACCCAGUGGUUAGCACUGUUGUCCUCUCUAUCCUCUCCAUCUGCAUAGCCAUGUGGUUCAUUCUCCAGAUUCUUCUGUUACCCAUGUUCAUGGGCCACACGUUUAGCAUCUACGGCAUUCUGAUUCUAGGCCUGGGUGCCAUGUUCACCAACAGUUAUCGAGUCCGAGAUUUCUCCAUAAACACGGCUGUCUGCGGUGUUCUCAUGGUGCUGAUAACAGUCAUGAGCUUCAUCCAUUUGAUCACGUCAUGCCUGAAGACAGAGCGGAAACCUCUGGCUGAGCCUGCUCUGAAAUUCAACUUUGACUUACAGACCGUUUGUCAACUGGAGGUCAACAACAAACACAAACUUCCAAACUAACAAAAGAGUUUGUUAAUCUAUUUCACGUGAUGGCAAUUUCUCUAAAUCAAGAGGAACCCUGCAAGCUAUUAAGGAUUUUGUAUUCAGACAUUCAAGCCAUUUUACCAGGUUGUUUGAACUUCUCUGUACUCGACACCUUUCCAAGCUUUUCGCCAAAUCAGUAUAGUCAAGAAUGGGGUUUGUCCUAAAGAGCUAAGAUUUAGAAAAAGAAAAUUAUUACUAAAAUGAGUCCAAAUGUACUUGCUACAUACUUUUGAUAAUAAAAAAAACUUCACUUAUGUCUCAAAAAA